UUUUCCCCCCCUCUUCACCUCUCUUUUCUUGCGGCCUAUGCUUAGCAUCUUUAUUUACUUUUUCUCUCUUUUUUUUUUUUUUUUUUCAGACCCAUUCUUGACCUUAGUUCUUGGAAAUUACUAAAUUAAGUUUCUUUUGUUGAUUUUGGUUCUCUUUUCUUGAAUAGUUGAAUUAUCUUUGCUUUCCACUCUUAAUUGGCCUUUAUCUCUUUCCAUUGUUGAGCUUAAAUUCUGCUCUGCUGAAUUCCCUGAUUCCUGAAUCCUUAUAGAGAUUUGUUUCUCUGGCAUUUGAUCAUUUCACCAGAAAGUGGUGCCCUUUUUCUUGGCAAUUCAACUUCUUUUCUUCUCUCCUUGCUUUCUCUUUCCCCAAGAGCUCGAAUUCCGCCAAUAAUUCUUUGCUGCUGAUCAUAGCCUCGAAAAAAAAUCUCGUCUUUCUGGAUUUCCCAUUUCCAAGAUUUCAACUUUCCUCAAAAUCCCAACUUCUGGCUCUUAAUGGUCUAGUUUAUUGUGUGCAUUUUGCUCCUGCUUAUUGGCAAAGAUCAAGAAAGCUCUAAAAAUUUCCCCUUUUGUUGAACUGUGAUUAAUUUUGUUUGUGAAUUUUAGCACACUUUGGGGUUUGAUUCCAUGGGACUGUGUCAUGGGAAACCAAUUGAAGCCCAGAAAAGGUUCUCUGAGGACUCAGUGAUCCCCAAUGAGAAUGAGCCUUCAUGGAGUUCCCACACUUCAAAAACUCCAAAGUUCCCCUUUUACAGCCCAAGCCCACUGCCCAGUGCUUUCAAGAACUCACCUGCUAAUUCCAGUGUUAAUUCCACCCCUCUGCGCUUGUUCAAGAGGCCAUUCCCACCACCUUCACCAGCCAAGCACAUAAAGGCAUUGCUUGCCAGGAGACAUGGCUCAGUGAAGCCUAAUGAGGCCACAAUCCCUGAAGGGAGUGAGUGUGAAAUUGGGCUGGAUAAAAACUUUGGCUUCUCCAAGAAUUUUGAAAGCCAUUAUGAGCUUGGGGAAGAAGUGGGGAGGGGGCAUUUUGGGUAUACUUGUGCUGCCAAGGGAAAGAAAGGGAGCUUGAAGGGCCAGGAUGUGGCAGUCAAAGUCAUCCAAAAAUCAAAGAUGACUACCGCAAUUGCCAUAGAAGAUGUCAGGAGAGAAGUCAAUAUAUUGCGUGCAUUAACGGGACAUAGAAACCUAGUGCAUUUCUAUGAUGCAUAUGAUGAUGAAGAAAAUGUCUAUAUAGUAAUGGAGUUAUGUAAAGGAGGGGAAUUACUCGACAGGAUACUUUCUAGGGGUGGCAAAUACUCGGAAGAAGAUGCUAAAGUUGUUAUGGUGCAGAUUCUAAACGUGGUUGCAUAUUGUCAUCUUCAAGGAGUGGUUCACCGAGACCUAAAACCCGAGAAUUUUCUUUUUACAUCGAAGGAUGAGCGUUCUCCUCUAAAGGCCAUUGACUUUGGACUUUCUGAUUAUGUAAAACCGGGUAAGUCAAUGCCUAGAUUUCUUAACUUUUUGCUUAUUUUCCGAUCAUUAGAAUAUACAGUGAUGGAAGACGUUGUUGCAGAUGAAAGGCUAAAUGAUAUUGUUGGAAGCGCAUAUUACGUGGCCCCUGAAGUCUUGCAUAGAUCGUAUGGAACCGAAGCUGACAUGUGGAGUAUAGGCGUCAUUGCAUAUAUUCUUCUUUGUGGAAGCCGACCUUUCUGGGCACGGACAGAAUCUGGAAUCUUUCGGGCGGUCCUGAAGGCUGAUCCAAGCUUUGAUGAAGCCCCGUGGCCCAAUUUGUCUCUCGAUGCAGUAGACUUCGUUAAGAGAUUGCUGAACAAGGAUUACCGCAAGAGGCUAACCGCUGCUCAGGCUCUUAGCCAUCCUUGGUUAGCGGGCCACCAUGAUGUCAAAAUACCUCUGGAUACGAUUGUAUACAAGCUUGUAAAAGCUUACAUAUGUUCCUCGUCUCUACGAAAAACAGCGUUGAAGGCUCUUGCAAAGACAUUAACCAUACAACAAUUAGCUUAUCUCCGGGAACAAUUUACAUCGUUAGGGCCAAACAAAAGCGGAUGUGUAUCUCUACAGAACUUCAAAACGGCUAUGGCGAAGUUCGCCACUGAUGCAAUGAAGGAUUCGAGGGUUUUGGAUUUUGUCAAUACGGUGAGUUCUCUCCAAUAUAGGAAAAUGGAUUUCGAAGAAUUCUGUGCUGCAGCGAUAAGUGUUCAUCAGCUAGAAGGAAUGGACAGCUGGGAACAGCAUGCUCGACGUGGCUACGAGUUUUUUGAGAAGGAUGGAAACAGGCCUAUCAUGAUCGAGGAACUCGCUUCGGAGCUCGGCCUUAGCCCUUCGGUUCCAGUUCACGUAGUUCUGCAGGAUUGGAUCAGACACUCGGAUGGAAAGCUCAGUUUCUUGGGGUUCGUUCGGCUUCUGCAUGGUCUUUCUGCCCGCGCCCUUCAAAAAGCUUAAGACUAUAACUUCGCGGGCUACCUCGGGCCUUUCUGUGUUUGGAUCAUUCUCUCUCAGAGAUAAAAAAGUAUUCCUGAGAAGCACACUUGAAGAUCAAGAAGCUGUAACAUCUUCACUUGUCAGUAUGCAAUCUUUUUUGUUUUUUUUUUUUUUGGGAAUUUUUUUUUUUUUUUUU